CUCACUACUAUCUUUGUUCUUCUCCGACUAAACAAGAUUCUCCGAACUUUCGAACUACAUGGCUUCUAUUCUUGCAAGCUUACCUUCUCCGUUCUUGGCCCAUGCUACUUCUAAUACCUUACUGACUGCUCUGCCAAAGCUACCAGUGUGUCCCAUUAGAGAGCGACAGAAUCGUGUUGCUGUUGUGGUCAGGGCUACUAGGGAAAGCUCCGAAUCCUCCAGUUCACUCAGUAUAGUUGAGUCUGUUCAGAAUGCUUGGGGUAAUUCUGAAGAUCGGAUAGGUCUCGUUGGUUUGGGAUUUGCAGCUGUUGUAGGUCUUUGGGCAUCAGCAAAUCGGGUCAUGGCAAUUGAUAAGGUGCCACUUCUCCCAACUGUGCUAGAACUCUAG